AUAUCUGUCAUUCUCGAGUGGGGAACGAAUUAGACGGGUCAGGUCUGUGAGAAGGUCCUUCGUAUGGCGCUCGAACAUCUGCUGAUCUCCCUCUGGACGAGACAACGAAGAAAGUCGUGCGUGGGGAUGGGGUAUCUGAGAAACCAAAGCCAAGGGAAGGAAGCACAGGGGAAUGCUCCAGUGGAGUCAGUUCAGUGACAUUGCACUGUCUGUGGACUGUUGGCGGCAGGCCAUCUGCAGGAUUGUCAACCUGUGUGGAGACUGUUCCCUUCUCUUCUAUUCUAUACUAUUUCUGGUUUUUUGCAAAUGAGCUUGAUUCCGUUUUUCUCAUAUUCUCAUGAUUAAUUCUCAUAUUUUGUGGAAGAGAGAGAGAGAGAGAGAUGUAUGUGUUGAGGAAUCUUGAUCUCGUUUAGUUCCGUGUUUCUUUUGUGCUACAAGACGAGGACGAAGAGUAGUGCUUCACGGCACGCAGAAUCGAGGAGGAUCGAGUUGUUUGAUUGCCGAGGAGAAGAAAUCCUUUUCGGAGUCUCCAUUGUCAGAGGCAGUAGCACGAGUCUCACACGGCACCGUUGCAGGCGAUGCCGUCAUUGAAGAGCCAACCCCACGAGCUCGGAUGCAUGAGCAAUCUUUGCAGUCUUCAGCGAAAGCCCGGAUGACAUUCUCCACCAGAUGAGUUUCUUCCACCUGGAACUGCUCCAUAAAGCAGAAGAAGGGGAGCAGCUCCGGAAACAUCUAGAAACGGGGAAAGCUUUGGGUCCAUUCGGACGACUGAUAGAUCGAUCGAUCGACUGGCCCCGAACGCGUGAGGAACGAUGACAGACUCGAUCCCUAAAGUCUCUGGACACCCCAUGCCGCAUGAAAAAGCGACUAUGGCGACGCCUAGUCUCGAACGACCGUUUCCUCCCCUUCUCCGAGCAACCAUCAUCGAAGAUCAGGAUCCCCUUCAAGACAAUUACUACUCUCACGCCAAGAGUCAUAGCGACCCUUGAGGCGAGAGUUGCAAUGACUUGGAGGAGGGUCUUAGCGACCCUCCAGUGCGAACGCAGUUCCCGCUUCCGACUCUCGAAUCAGCGCCCCAGGGCCACUGCACACGUCAUCGACCUUCUUCUACAGGACGACCAUACUCUUCACGAAUCCGCCAGUCGAGAAGUACCGCAUUCGCAGCAGCAGCAGCAGCAGAUGUACAGCGCACGGUUCCGUGGAUGGAGAUCUGAAAAUCGAUCGCACUCCUCUGGUGGUAGAUUUGGGGUCACAGAUCUGACGAGGAGCUUGUGAAGGCUGUAUGCUGCCGAUGAGCGAGAAGUGAAAAUGGGGUCGGGACCCGGGACGGUGAUUGCAUCUUUCAGCGACGACCGAUUCCAAUUACGAGGUUGGGCCCGAGACGUGUACAAGACUCGUGAAUUCCCAUGGCCCUCGUCCCCAUCGGCUUUCUCGAGCGUCCAUUAGGUCGAGACGAGCUGUGCAGUCAGCGGUAGAAGUCAAGUCCUGCAGUCGAUUGCGCAGUCGAGGAGUAACGUGACCGGCAUCGACUUCUGGCGACUGGAAGAAGCAUAUCCUCGGGCAUGUCCUCUGUUCGACGACGACGUGUUCGCAUGCACAUGCUUCGUCGCCGGUUCCUGAUGCUCGUGAAACAGCACGAGCUUGCGUGCUCGGUCCCCGUGAAGGCUGUGAUGGCAGCUAUGACUGCGCAGCUGAAUUUCUGAUCCGGCCUCCUUCGUCCUCGUUCUCGGACGAUGGACCAGGCAACCGACACACUUCUCUCGUUUCUGGCUGUGAACCCGAGUCCCGACGACAUUAUGGAAAGCCGGUCCUCGAGGCAGGACCCAGAAGGAAGGAGGGAGGAAGACAUACGAAAGCAUCGGAUAUUCCUUAUCGCGAGCCUUCCCAUUCUCAUUCCCACGAUUUGUGCAGCUGGUGGCUGCGGUAGAUACCAAAUGGAUUCGAGGAGUUCGGAAGAUGCGCGAUGUCUGGUGGAUGUGCGAAAUUCCGAGUUGAUAACUGGUCGAUGAUUUUACACCUUCAAUAUUAUUUUAUGAACACCAUUAUGAUCUGCGGGGAUGCACGCCCCAUGGCUCGUGCCAUCAUUGCCUGGCUCAAAGCUGCCAUUCUCAGCUAAGCAUUGGUGCGAUCCUCCACAGCGCCAGUCAUUCACUGUGACAGUUGACAGCAGCUGGAGUCGGAAUGGAGAGAUAUAUUGAAGGCGAUGCAGGGUGAUGGACCCAUUGCACAGAGUGAUGGAAAAGGGAGGUUGCUGAAGGGAGAAAGCAAUAGCGUCGCAGUGAUGGCCAAAUUCCAUGGGAUGUCAGGAUUUGGUAGCCGAGCCUCCAGAUGCCUCCGAUUCCAAUUCCAAUUCCAAUUCCAGUAUUGUUCCAGCUCCGUCAGCUUGAGUCUAGUGUCAAAGGUCUAGAAAAUAAAAUGGAGGGCUAUCCGUCAUCCAGCGAGCCAGUCAACCAACCCGUCCGGCGACAUGCCGAGAAAGCAUCUGGUAGUGCGAAACUUCCAUGGGGCGCAGGCAGGCCGGCAGGAAUGCAGAAACCGCGGCUGGAUCCGGUGGAAUUCUUCAGAGGCACCACGAAAUCGACACCCGGUGCAGGUGUCUAUCCUCCCCAUAUCAAGGAUGCAGUUUGACUGACGUAUUUUCGAGCAGGGUUCCGGAGGCAGUGCAGACACGAGCCAUUGGCAAGCAAUACAGUGCUGUGCCGUGCUCUGUUUUCUGUCAUGUCACCGACAUGGUCAUGGACUCGGCCGUCGAGUUUAAGAGCUCGACGCGUGCAAUUGCUGAAUGAAUAUAUACUCAAGUUAGCACGGUACGCUUGGACCUGGAUGUUACCCCCUUGCAUACACGAGCAGAGGUCUUCUACCAUGAGCCGAGCUUUGACCGCCGAGACUCAAGAAGACAGAGAGAGGGAGGAGAAUCAAUCGGCAUCAGUUCUCUCUCUUUGAUAUGCAGUGAGCUGAGCUUGAACAGAAGCAGCACAAAUUCCAACGUCCGAUGUCAGGCUCGCUUAAAGACCUCGCACAGGUCUCCAAGUCCAACCGCAGUCACUGCAUACGAAACGCCUGCAGGCACUGCCACUCGAUAUUCUCCCAUAAAUUAAGGGGGGAAAACAACAGCGCUCAGAAAGUCCUCUUUGCCAGGUUUGUGUCGCUUCUGUCAAAAAGGUCGUCGAUAGAUACAUGGCGGAUUUGAGCGAGAAAGGCCGUUGCAAAGAGUUGCGAGAGGAGAGGAGGACUGUCGUCGUUAGGGGAAGAAACAGCUGACAGUGAUUUUCAGAGUUGCUAUGCGCAUUAUUGUGCAGCCAUAAAGAACAGAGAGACGAGGUUUACAAUAAAAAAGGAGGGUGACGCAAGAGAUUGCGUCCACUGUCAUUCCUUUGCUCGCUCGGAUAGAGCAUGGCGGAAUCUCAAGUCGGGUCCGCGAGGCACCGUCGGUACCGACGACGUAAGCACACAUGUCGACUGUCUUCGAGCGCGAAUCCGACAGCUUGACGCAAUGCGAGAUCAAUGCCACCGGCGUACAUCAAAAUUUACGCUCUGCAGUGAACGACAGUCGGCACAAAAUGUCAACAGUCUCGCACAGUUCGUUCCCGCUGUCACUCAUGCGGUCAUCCUCUCGAGUACAGAGACGGAAGCUGCCUCUGCCAUCGGCAUGUGCGCGGAUAUGCUUCUCGUUCUCGUCCCUGCCCCCGUUCCCAGCUCUUCGAGCCUGCCUGGAUCUUGACCAUGCUCAUUCCUGCAUCGGCGACAGAGCCUGCCUGUCUCACCAUUGCAAUCAAUAAUCAUGAGAGCACAAUACGUAAGACUUAUGUCAAACGGACCGCCUCUGAUACUCUGCCUACUUACAGAAUCGUCAUCAGUCCAAACGGACCAGCCAUGACUGAAAACUCUUGUGGAGAGGGAUUGUUCGGGAAUUUUCCGACUCAGAUUGAUGCUUUGCAUCCGUCCCUCUCUGUCCGCGAGCCAUGUCUAAUAAGGCGGCAACAAUUCCUUUUUUUUUUCAUUUCCAGUCGUGCCGGCUCUGUUCGUCACGAGGACGAGCUCGGAAUUAUGCGACGGGUAUCUGAGGACAAGACACUGGAACUCGAGACAUCUGCGACGACGACGACGAUGGUGAUGAUGACGAUGAUGCAACCGUCGACCGCGUGUCGUGGAAAGUUUAGGCUCUGUUUAGGGUUGACCAUCAAUUCGUCAUUCAAUUUC